CAGUGUUAGAUAUGUCUCAAGAGGAGUACAGUCCAACAUUAGCCCCAAUACCCACACCCCAAAUCACUCUAAUUCAAGAGGACUCACUUCAUCUUACACCUGAGAAGAGAACUCCAAAUUCAACUGCAUCUAAGUCAGAAGUUGCGUUGAACAGCACAAAGGCAUUGGCAGCUUCACUGGCAGAGAAUAAGUUAGAACGACAUAAUUUGGAACAGAAACUUGGCUUUCUUGAGAGUAAACUACAGCAGCAGGUACAAAAGAAAGCAACAAUCAGCGCAACAGAGACCAUAUUCACCACCCUUCCCGCCCCAACACCCAUCCUCCCUACCAAGAAACUCCCAGAUUUACCACCCCGACAACCACCCCCUGCAGAACUAAAGAACGUGCUCCCUCGGCCGGGUGUUAAUGUUGUGGUGGAUCCACCGUAUCUGGAGAAGUUUGCGGGACCUGUAGUGAGGGAGAAUAGAUAUUUUCUCUACGAUCAGUUCAGAGAUUUGGGAAUAUUGUAGGCUGUAUGGAGCUGUUUUAAGCGCUAUUAAGGGGUCGUUCACAUAUUACGUAAUCAGCCGAGG